UCCCCCGCGAAAAGCAGCUUCGCGAGCUCUACAACAAUGGCGGCUUCUAAAGCCACCAACAAAGCUUCAAACUCCAUGGACGACAUCGAAGCUCUCAAAGGCGAAAUUGCUUCUUUUGCUUCUUCACUCGGCCUCGCUUCUUCAACCCCAUCUUCAGGGUUCAACGAUGUCGAUUUUCGUAAACAAGGGCCUAUCAAGCCUAUCAAACACCAAAAAAAGUCGAAACGAACUCCAGAGCAAGAACCCACCAAAAUCCCGAACCCAAAAGCUGUCACUCCCAAAUCUAAGGAACAGCCGAAGCCUAAGCCCCCUGUUCUUUCUCUCGAUGAUGACAAGGAUAAGCCUCGAAGUUUUGACAAAUUUAAGAACCUGCCGAAGCUUCCUUUAGUUAAAGCCAGUGUUUUGGGUUCGUGGUAUGUUGAUGCUGCGGAACUGGAAGCGAAAGUUAUGGGAAAUGAGAAGAAGACUGAAAUGAACAAAAACAUGGAGGAGUGGAAGAAACUAGUGCAGAAAAAGAGGGAGCUUGGGGAGAGAUUAAUGGCGCAAUACGCAUUGGAUUAUGAAGCUUCAAGGGGGAAGAGUGGAGAUAUCAGGAUGUUGGUCACCACUCAAAGGUCGGGUACUGCUGCUGAUAAAGUUUCGGCAUUUUCAGUCAUGGUGGGGGACAAUCCAGUUGCCAGUUUGAGGUCACUUGAUGCGUUGUUAGGGAUGGUCACAUCAAAAGUGGGGAAGCGCCAUGCAUUGACGGGUUUUGAAGCGUUAAUGGAACUGUUUAUCUCAAGUUUGUUGCCUGAUCGGAAAUUGAAGAAUUUACUACAACGGCCAUUAAAUCAACUUCCUGAUACAAAAGAUGGCAAUUCUCUGUUACUAUUUUGGUUUUGGGAGGAAUGCCUGAAGCAAAGGUAUGAGCGAUUUGUUAUUGCUCUUGAGGAAGCAUCAAGAGAUGAUCUACCAGCGCUGAAAAGUAAGGCCCUGAAGACCAUUUAUGUGCUACUUAAGAGUAAAUCUGAACAAGAGCGCAGGCUACUGUCAGCACUAGUUAACAAAUUGGGUGAUCCUGAAAACAAGACUGCCUCCAGUGCUGAUUAUCAUUUAUCAAACCUAUUGUCUGAACAUCCAAACAUGAAGGCUGUCGUAAUUGACGAGGUGGAUUCUUUCCUUUUCCGGCCUCAUUUGGGAUUACGAGCAAAGUAUCAUGCUGUGAAUUUUUUGAGCCAAAUGCGCCUCAGCCAGAAAGGAGAUGGACCGCAGGUGGCAAAACGUUUGAUAGAUGUGUACUUUGCAUUGUUCAAGGUUUUGGUUGCUUCUGAAGAUCAAAAGAAGCAAAACAGUGGUGAAGAAGACAAGAAAAAAGCUUCAAGGUCUUCAAAAGACAUAAAAGCAAAAGAUCUUUCAGAAUCACAUGUUGAAAUGGAUUCUAGGAUUUUGUCUGCUCUUCUAGCUGGAGUAAAUAGAGCCUUCCCCUAUGUCUUGAGCAAGGAAGCUGAUGACAUCAUUGAGGUUCAAUCACCGAUGCUUUUUCAGCUAGUUCACUCCAAGAAUUUCAACGUGGCAGUUCAAGGAUUUAUGCUUCUCGAUAAAGUAUCGUCCAAGAAUCAAGUUGUCAGUGAUCGCUUCUACCGUGCGCUGUACUCAAAAUUAUUACUUCCAGUUGCCAUGAACUCUUCAAAGGCAAAAAUGUUCAUUGGACUUCUUCUGAGAGCUAUGAAGAGUGAUGUGAACUUGAAGCGUGUAGCUGCUUAUGCAAAGCGCAUCUUGCAGGUUGCUCUUCAACAACCACCUCAAUAUGCCUGUGGAUGUCUAUUUCUUCUUUCUGAAGUUCUUAAAGCAAGGCCUUCCUUAUGGAAUAUGGUUCUCCAGAGUGAGUCGAUUGAUGAUGAACUUGAACAUUUUGAAGAUGUAGUAGAAGAAGAAAAUAUGAACAAAACAAGCACUGAACUCAGAGAACAUAAAGAUGAUGUCGAGCGUGGUGGUUCCAGUGAUGGUGCUUCAUCGGGCGAUGAUGACUCUCCUGAUGAAGAUGACGACUCUCCAGUUUCUCAUUCUGAAGACGAAAGUUCAGAUGAUGAUGGGGAGUUGCUCAUGAGAUAUGAUUCAAAAGAUACUGAUGAACCUGCCAUAAAAAAAUCUGUUGAAAACGAGCAGCAAUCUCUAACACCUUGUAAGGGGCUGUCACUUCCUGGAGGGUACAAUCCGCGGCACAGGGAGCCAUCUUACUGUAACGCAGAUCGUGCAAGCUGGUGGGAGCUUGUAGUACUAGCUUCUCAUGUGCAUCCAUCAGUUGCUACCAUGGCUCAAACUCUUCUUUCCGGUGCUAAUAUUGUCUACAACGGGAACCCACUUAAUGACUUGUCACUUACAGCUUUCUUGGACAAGUUUAUGGAGAAGAAACCAAAAGCAAGUACAUGGCACGGUGGUUCCCAAAUAGAACCAGCCAAGAAGCUUGACAUGAACAAUCAUUUAAUUGGACCAGAAAUAUUGUCCUUGGCUGAAGAAGAUGUGCCCCCAGAAGAUCUUGUGUUCCAUAAGUUCUACACAUUUAAAAUGAACUCCUCAAAGAAACCAAAGAAGAAAAAGAAGAAAGGAGCAGAUGAUGAGGCUGCUGAAGAUUUGUUCGGUGGAGCUGUUGAGGGUGAUGACAAUGAUGACCCCGCCGAAGAUCUGUCAGACAUUGACAUGGUUGGUGGGGAUGAGAGUGAUAACGAAGAGAUUGAGAAUUUGUUGGAUUCUGCUAAUCCGUCGGGCGAAGCAGAUGGAGACUACGACUAUGACGACUUAGAUCGAGUAGCCAAUGAAGAUGAUGAAGACUUGGUUGGUAAUACAAGUGAUGAGGAGAUGGAUAUUCAUUCCGACAUUGCAGAUGGAGAAGAUUUGGGUUCUAGCAGUGAUGAAAUGCUAAGUGGCAGUGAUAACGACAACUUGGGACAGGAUUCAGACGAUGAACCUAAGAAGAAGAGGAAAGCAAAAGCAUCACCUUUUGCAAGCCUCGAAGAUUACGAGCACAUAAUAAACAAGGACGAUGAUCAUAAAAAGAAGCCUACUAAAGGGGAAACAAAGUCAAAAUCGAAAUCGAAUUCGAAGGCCAGGAAGAGGAAGAGAGACUCUCGCAAGUAGGUAAUUCCCUUCCUAUCCUUAAUCAGACCCCCUCCCAUUGAAAAACAAUCAAUGCCUAUACCAAACCUGCAUAAGAAAAUUUAUGAUUAGAACUGUCAUCUUGGGUUUGGUUGGUAAACAAGAAAUUAAUAGAAAUUAUCAUUCUUUACAUUCAUUCUGUGGCUUGAUCAUCGACACAAGAACCAACAGACACCGCCAUGUGGGGGUGUCAGCUUUCGACAUCAGGUUUGCUAAAACAAAUUCUCAUUCAGAAUUAUAUUGUCUUUCUGUGAUUCCUAUAUUAAAAUCUUUAAUCCACUUUGUCUUGGAAUUUUUGUGCA